GUGCUUGUUUGAUUUUAAUUUAAAAACAAAAAAAUAACUAAAAUACGCAACAAAAUGAUUACCAUGAACGAAUUAGUGGAUUUAAGAAUGCAACAACAAAUUGCCCAUGAAAUUUUAUAUAGACAACAAAUUAUGCAACGUAUACCCGAUCCAUUUGCUGCCAUGAUGCCCGCCAUGCACAUGCCGCCACAAAUGUUAAUACCCUCACAUCCCCCUUUGCCGGGUGUCGAGGCCAAAUUGGAGAAUAAUGAUUUAUGGCAACAAUUCCAUAAAAUUGGCACCGAAAUGAUUAUCACCAAAAGUGGAAGACGUAUGUUCCCCUCUAUGCGUGUUUCACUUAAGGGCUUGGAAGAAGAAUCUCAAUAUUGUGUUUUGAUUGAAAUGGUACCCAUAGGUGACUGCCGUUAUAAGUUUUCCGGUUCUCAGUGGGUACCCGCCGGUGGUGCAGAACCUCAAUCUCCUCAAAGAAUGUACUUGCAUCCCGACAGUCCCGCCACUGGUUCACAUUGGCAGGCUCAGCCCAUACUCUUCAAUAAGGUCAAAUUGACCAACAACACUUUGGAUAAUAAUGGUCAUAUCGUUUUGGCCAGUAUGCAUAAAUAUCAACCACGUAUACAUGUGAUACGUACCAAUGAUUUAGCGCAAAUACCCUGGGCUCCCCAACAGGCCUUUGUAUUUCCCGAAACGGAAUUUGUAGCAGUUACAGCUUAUCAGAAUGAUCGCAUUACAAAAUUGAAAAUUGAUAACAAUCCCUUUGCCAAAGGUUUCCGUGAAUCCGGUCAAUCGAAAUGCAAAAGGAAAAUGUCAUUAUCCCCCUCACCAUCGGAAGAAAAUCAAAAUAAUUCCUCACAUUGUGAUGAUGAUCAAUCGAGUGUGGCCAGCAGUCAAGAUUCACCACAAGCCAAGCGUUUGUGUAUGCGUGAUGAACCCUUACCCUAUAUGGAUUUAAAUAAUGUGAUGCGUUAUGCUUUACAACCCAACAUGAAUGAUAUGAUCUCACCCGCCUUCUUUCCACAAUUGACGCAACAGUCAAUGCCCAUGUUUAUGCCUGCUUUGCCCUCAUAUAUGGAGCCUAUGGCCGCACAAAGACUGUCCUAUCAUAACACUUCCUCGGAUUAUGAUUACACCUCGGGAAAUGAGGAAACCUCCAGUCAAAUUUCUUCUUCACAUGAUGAACAAAAUCCUGAGCUGUUUGUUGAUGUUGUCAGCACCUCGUCUGAGGAGUCGCAAGAUUCAGCUAAACUUUUGAAUUCUACCGUAUCUCCCACCUCUUCACCAAGACUAUCGGGUAGUGAGGUUCCCGUGAAACGUAGCAGUUUUAGUAUUUCUUCUAUAUUGGGAAGUAAUACACGUAAUGCUGUCUCUGUUUAAAUAAUUAAACUUAUUUGAAAAUUCUGUUUGUGAUUUGAAAUGCUGCAAUAAUGCAAGUACAUAGUUGUAGUAAAAUGUAAAGUAUAAAAAUAGUAUCUUGUAAUUUAUGUAAAUUUUCUUUUGUAUUCAUAUUAGAUUUUUAAGUUCUUUAACUUGUUAAUAACUAAAUAAUUUAUUUACCUAUAAUUAAUUAAGCUUAGUUUUUAUAAUAAGAUAAAAUAAAUGUGUGUUUUCUUGAAGAGAAAACUACUCAAUGCCAUA